AUGCCGCUGCCCUCCGCCCGCGACCCUCCCUCGAUGAUGUCGCCUCCUCCUUGUUCAGGAGAUCUAAGUGCCCUGGUCGCGAGCCUUCAUGCUCCUCCUCCACCACCGUCGACGCCGCCACACCCCCUUCGACCUCGACGACAACCGCGCAACCAAGAAGCUCCUCCGGCAAACGGAGGCCAAACCUUUAGCCACCUCCGCUUCCCCCUUCCGCCGAGGAGUCAACCUCGGACGGCGGCUCCCUUGGCGUGGAAUCUCGCGGACUUCGCCCCCUCGGCCCCCUUCCCUGCUGCAUCGAGACUGUCGCUGCUGACCAGUUCUCCGAGGGCCAUGACCUCUUGCCCGAGACCUCCGAGCUCGCCUCCCCUUUUGGCUCCUCCCCCGAGCGGCCACCGAGCCCAGCGGCCACUGCCGUCGCCGCCGGUAGCUGCCGCCGCCCUCCGAUUCCACAUCCACCGUCGGCAGACCCACGACCUCCAUGACUGCCUGCAUGCCGUCUUCUGGAUCCAUGUUGCACCAGAUUCCAUGUCGUCGCCCGCAGAGCUGACUCCUUAG